AAAUCAACUAUACCAUCACAAUAUGCUAACCAUGUCUUUAUGUCAAAGUAUCAAAACCAUAUUUUUAUUAUUUAUUUACAAAAUCAUGCUUGCAAUUUUCUUGUUUCCCUGGACCUCACUAGAUGAACCACUUUAUUUUAUUUUUCUCUCAAAACUCAAUUUAUUUAUAGUCUCCAAAUAUAUUCUCCAGAGUCCAAUGAAACUUGAAAACAGCCUCAAAGCCAGCUCGUUUCAAUAUUUUUGCUUAGUUUUUUAUUUUACUUUCUUUUUUCUCAGUGAAGAGGAAUCUUCAUAAACCAGCCUUUUCCAGCAAUACCCAGUUGCUAAAAGUCUUCAUAUUUUCUUUCUCUUCCUUUUUUUUUUUUCAUGCUGUCAUUUUCUGGAGUUUCUUGCAGAAAAAAUAUGCACCACCCCAUAUCAAAAUCAAGCUUUGACAAGCGGUUUUUGAGGCAGUUUUGAGAUGGUUUUUUGAGACAGUUUUGUAACUGACCAGUUUAAGGUAAGGCUCUAUCUCUCACUUCUUUACUCUUUGUUUAUGUUAUUUCUGUCUCCUUUGUUUUUGUCUUUCGAAGUCUAAGUCAGUUUUAAUUCUGUAGUUUAGGUUGCAAAAGGUGGGCAGAAAAGAGUUUGUGGAAAGAGUUAAAGAGAAAAAAGAAUUGAAUUUUAAGGAAUUGCAGUUAGUUUGUUAGAAAAAUGAUAGAUUUUCCAUCUUGUUUUGGUGAAAAUGGAGUGCAAGUGGCUGAUUCUUCAUCAUCAAAUACAAGUAAAAAUGCACACAAUUUGGUCACUUGUGUCUAUCAAUGUCGAAUUCGCGGUAGGUCUUGUUUAAUAACUGUUACUUGGAGCAAGAAUUUGAUGGGGCAGGGCUUAAGUGUAGGUAUUGAUGAUUCUGCAAAUCAGUGUCUUUGUAAGGUUGAUAUAAAGCCCUGGUUGUUCUCUAAGAGAAAAGGGUCUAAGAGUUUAGAAGCAUAUUCUUGUAAAAUAGACAUAUAUUGGAACCUUUCCACGGCGAAAUUUGGAUCUGGGCCUGAACCUUUGGAAGGGUUUUAUGUUGGUGUUGUUGCUAAUAAGCAAAUGGUUUUGCUUCUUGGGGACAUGAGGAAAGAAGCUUAUAAGAAGACUGGGGCUACUCCUGUUCCUUCUCCUGCCAUUUUUGUGGCCAAGAAGGAACAUGUUUUUGGCAAGAGGGUAUUUGGUACCAAGGCACAGUUUUGUGAUAAUGGUCAAAUUCAUGAUCUGAUAAUUGAAUGUGACACAAUUGGUGUGAACGACGCUUGCCUUAUAAUUCGUGUGGAUGGAAAGGUUUUGAUGCAAGUGAAACGGCUACUGUGGAAGUUCCGAGGAAACCAUACCAUUUUGGUUGAUGGAAUGGCUGUAGAAGUUUACUGGGAUGUGCAUAAUUGGCUAUUUGGAACAUCACUUGGAAAUGCCGUUUUUAUGUUCAAGACAUUCCUUGGAGCAGAAGAGAAGUUCUGGGCUAGCCAAUCCAUUCCUGCUCCUAAUACAUUGCAAUGGUCUUUCUCCCAGAGAUUUCAAGACUCCAAGUCACAAAAUCUUGGCUUUUCACUGAUUUUGUAUGCUUGGAAGAAUGAGUAGAGAGAUUCUUCUCAACUCUCAAGUGCUAACAAAAGCUUUUAGUGAGUUGUGAUUUUUAUCAACUCUGUGAUUAAUUUUAAUUAGUUUGAUAAAAAAUGGGUCCAUUUGUUUCUUUUGUGCUCCUUCAGUUUUUUCUCCAUUGAGUAACUUGAGCUAUUAAUGGAUCAAAGACAACUUUUUUUGUUCUUAGUCGGUUGUAUAUCCUAGAUACAUUAGUUUUAUUCUCAAUUUUUGUUAUACGAAAAAAAAAUUCUUCAAUGGAUGGUUGUUCAAAUCUUCCAGCUGCAGUUUGAGUUAGUUUAGCAGAUGUUAUCGACUAGCUGAGUUGAAAUCUCCUCUAAGCAUCACUGCAUAAGCAUGGUAUGUGUUUAACUAUAAGUAUGCCUUUCUUUUUUUAGUUAACUCAGCUGAAUUCAACAUGAAUUGGUUUAGUUUAAGAUUAUGGGAUAACAAAUGGAAUAUUUGAGGUCAACUGUCAAAAUGCACCGAUAACUGCAUUUUGAUGUAGUAUUUAAGAUUAUUGGAAGAGGAUGGUCUUGUCCAAAAAAGGACGCCUGUCUUUCCCUGAUGAAUUGGUAUGUUAAGUUCCCUAGCUUUUGUGGUAACUUUCUAGUGUCCUAUCAACUAAUGUCCUAGUAAUAGCUGUGAAAAGUGUUUAGUUUCAUGUAAGUCACUCUUGUGAUGGAUUGAAACACCCUUGGUAGUAUCACUGUCUUGCUAAACU